UGUUCUGGUUGUUGUAAGAAGAUUGGCAUAGUAUCUGAAAGUUGACAUAUAGAGCAUCAUAUGAGGAGAAAAAUAAACAAUGUCAAAACGCCAUGGAUUAAUACUCUAUGUUAUAACUGGAAUAUGUCGUUUAGGAUGUUCAUCAACCUUGAACUAUCUGACAUCUGCACUGAUCAACGAUUAUAAGCCAAGUGUACGACCAGUGUGUCCUGGAUUUGAGACAACUCAGGUCACAGUUGACAUGGCCAUUAGACAGUUAAUAUCUUUGAAUGAACCCGAGCAAGUUGCACUGUUUAACAUAUGGAUGAGAUUGGGAUGGAACGAUUGUCACCUUGUUUGGGAUCCUGAUGCUUUUGACGGCAUCAAGUCUAUAGUACUUCCGGUAUCUCUUAUAUGGAAACCGGACAUUACGUUAUACAACAGCAUUUCGGAAGAAUUUUUUGGAUUUGAUAGUUUCAGAGCUUUGAUUCAUUUUGAUGGCAAUAUCACCUAUAACUUUCCUACAAAGGUGGAAGCCUCGUGUCCAAUAGAUGUGUCGAGAUUUCCAUUUGAUCGUCAAGUUUGUGACUUAAUGUUUGGAUCUUGGGUAUAUAAUGGUUUCGAAUUAAAUGUUACAUCCAAGAAAUCAAAUGCUGAUUUAUCAUCAGUGAAAGAAAACGUUGAAUUUAUAAUUGACAAUGCACCAAUAGUGAGACAUGAAUUAUAUUAUGGAUGUUGCGCUCACCUAUUUCCCGAUGUCACCGUUUACAUUCAUUUAACAAGAAAACCUGAUUACUACAUAACCAAUAUUAUCAUUCCAUCAGUAUUGGUAACAGUAGUAGCCUCGUUUGGGUUUCUACUUCCUGUUGACUCUGGAGAAAAGGUUGGGUUAGAACUAACAGUCAUGUUAGCUAUGUCAGUUUUCCAACUAUUGGUCGCCGAUCAGUUGCCACCAUCAGCUGAUUCCACACCGUGGAUUGCAAUGUUCUUUACAUUUACAUUGGUAUUGAGUGGCGGAUCAUCAUUAUGGCAAGUGAUAGUCCUGAACAUACAUCAUCGGGGACAUAGGAAAAUGUCACCAUGGUUGAAAUCAUUCAUAUUGAAGCCACUUGCCUACGUUACAUGUGUUACGCUACCAAAGAUUGUAAGUCCAAACCAACAUUCCAGCAAACAGGAUAAUACUAAACGCCAGUUAUGCCAAGCAGAAUGUAACGGCAGUUCAAAAGGUCAAGAGACUGUACAGUUUGCUGGAGAUGAUGAUUCCGAAUUCUGGAUUCAGUUUGCCUUAGUUUUAGAUCGAGUUGGAUUAUUUGUCUUUUUAAUUUCCUUUGCUAUAGGAUGUUCAUAUAUAUUUCUUGGGAUAAAAAGUGAUUCUAUUGCACAGUCAGGAAUUGUAAAUAUGUAAUACCGAGAAGAUCACACCACAUCGACAUUAGUUGAUAUUGAUUAACACAACUGCUACAUAAUCUGAAAGAAAGUGAUACAACUAUUUUUGAUCUAUGAAUUUGAAUGUCACUCUGGUAUCAUGCGCACGCUCUUUGCGUUUUGUAGCUUAAAACUAGUGGGUUAUAUCAUUAUUUCAUUCUGCUUUUUAGAAAUAUGUCUCGAGAGUAUGAUGCAGAAGACGCAGAGAAGGCGAUGUAUAUGUGUUAACAGUGAAGAGAGGCGAAAGGUUGAUAUCAUCAACUCCUCUAAAUAGUCUCUCCCCAAACCAAGAUGGUGCAUUCAAUGUUAUACAGUUUUCCUGUAUACAAAUAUUUAUAAACAUCUACAUAAUGUA